CCUCCUUUGCAUUCAGCAGCUGGAUGCUCCUGUCAGCUGCUCUCGCUGCAAGGACGGACUUUCGGGAGCUGUGGAUGAUGGAGACCCUACGCAGGAGCCUUUCCCGUUGGAAGAGGUACCACAUCAAGGUCCACCUGGCCGAGGAGGACCAGCUGCUCCCGCUGACGGUGCGGCCGACGGAUACCAUGAUGGACUUGAGAGCUUACUUGGUCCGGGAAGGCGUCACGUCUUGGAAAAAAAACUUCCACUACAAUGCCCGUCAACUGGAUGAGCACGAAACGGUCAAAGAGGCCAAGAUCCAGAACGGUUCGGUGGUCUUGCUAGUUAGCGAGAAAAGAUGAAGCUUCCUUGGGGAGCAAUUCCCAGCAUGGUGCUAUCAUUCGGUGGGACGGAGUUUGUCGUGCUGACAGUCAAAAGGUGGAGGAAAAAAAAAAUCCAGUUCCUUGAAACAGCUGGGAAGAAUAGAAGGAGUGAACCAGAAGAGGCUACCACCGCCACUGUCCACCCCUCCUGAUUUCCAGAUCUGGCUGUCCAGAUUUCCUUCGGCAUCGCAGCCGGAACCGCUGACCGAGCGAUGAGGCUACAUUAGGAUGAGGGCAUCAACCCAGCUGUUUUUUUUUUGGUGCUUCCUACCACUCCCUCUUUGGAGUUUCUGGUUUCAGCCGCGAGGGAGAAACAGGUUUUAAGGAGGAGGUUUGGCCCAGCCGCUGGUUUGAAAAGGAGAAAUUCAAGCUUGCCGAUGGGCGUGGGGAGGGUGGAGCGAAGGAAAGUUUCGGUGUUCGGCAAGAGGCGAAACCACGUUUCUGAAGGUGUAACUUUCUUUUCUUUUUCUUUUUUUUUGCAAAAAGUUUUUUAUUUUUUAAACAAACACAACAUAAAAACAUCGUCCUUCCAAAACAAUCACGGACAGUGUUUUGAUCGGUUAAAAUCAUUUCGUGCUCUCAAAGAAUUUUCACAGUGUCAUUAUAUGACAAAUGUUUUUUCCCUCUAGCAGAAAACAAAUAUUUAAACAUUUUAUCCAAAUUUCAUGACCAAAUUUCAUGAUCCUGACCAAAAUGGAUUCCUGCCAAAAAGACAAAUAAGAGACAAUAUAAGAAUAAUUUUGGCUACCUUAAAAUAUUAUGAAGCUCAUCCUGAAAGGCAGAUGGCUUUGAUAUUUCUAGAUGCACAAAAAGCCUUUGAUAAUGUGAAUUGGCGAUUUAUGAUGUUACAAAUGGAGGAGAUGGAUGAGAUUGGAAAGAAAUUUCUUCAGGCAAUUGAAGCUAUAUACUCUAAACAAAAGGCCAAGGUUAUGAUAAAUGGAGAACUGUCUGAUUUUAUUGAAGGUGUAACUAUUUCUUAUGGAGGGAGCUUAAUUUCAGGGUUAAAUCUCCCCGUGCUCUGCGAACAGAUCUCAGAUAUGGCUUUGGAGAGUGACUUUGGGUAGAAAAGGCCAUCGUAGGCAAGCCCUGUCGUUUCUGAGAACCAUGAGGACUGGAAACUUACUGCCGUUCCAAAUGAAUUUAUUUAUUCAAUUAAUGCCUGUCUGUCUUCCAAUAUUUGAGGGGCUGCCUCAAAGAAGGGGGGGGGUUUCCACCUAUUCUCCAAAGCACCAGAAAGCAAUGAGAAGAAACAAUGAAUAGAAACCAGGGGUGAAAUCCAGAAGGUUCCGACAGGUUCUGAAGAACUGGUAGCGGAAAUUUUUGAGCAGUUCGGAGAACCGGCAGCGGGAAUUUUGAGUAGUUUGGAGAACUGGCAAAUACUACCUCUGGCUGGACCCAGAGUGGGGAGGGAAUGGGGAUUUUGCAGUAUUCUUCCCCUGGAGUGUGGUGGGAACGGAGAUUUUGCAGUAUCCUUCCCCAAGCCACACCACGCCCACCAAGCCAUGCCCACAGAACCGGUAGUAAGAAAAUUUGGAUUUCACCACUGAUAGAAACUACAGCUGGUCUUCAACGUACGACCACAAUUGAGCCCAAAAUUUAUGUGGCUAAGCAAGACAGGUGUUAAUUGAAUGUUGCCCCAUUUUACUGGCCUUUCUUACCACAGUUGUUAAGUGAAUCGCUGCACUUGUUCAAUUGGGAACACGAUUGUUAAGUGAGUCUAGUUUCCCCGUUGCCUUUGCUUGCCGGAAGGGUCGCAAACGGGGAUCGCGUGACCCCGGGACACUGAUGACGGUCAUAAAUGUGAAUCAGUUGUCAAGCAUCCAAAUACGUGAACACGGGGACGCUGCAAUGGUCGUAAGUGUGAAAAAUGGUCAUAAGUCUCUUUUUUCAGUGCCGUUGUAACUUUGAAUGUCCACUAAGCGAACUGUUCUAAGUUGUAAUCAAGGAGAGGAGCAACCUAAAACUAAGGAGGAAUUUCCUGUCAGAGAGAACAAUUAACCAGUGGAACAGCUUGCCACCAGAAUUUCUGGGUGUUCCAACACUGGAAGUUUUUAAGAAGAGAUUGGACAACUAUUUGUCUGAAAUGCUAUAUGCAGGGGUGAAAUCCAGCAGGUUCUGACAGGCUCUGGAGAACCGGUAGCGGAAAUUUUGAGUAGUUCGGAGAACCGGCAAAUACCACCUCUGGCUGGCUCCAGAGUGGGGUGGGAAUGGAGAUUUUGCAAUACCCUUCCCCUGCCACGCCCACUAAGCCAUGCCCACCAAGCCAUAUCACGCCCACAGAACCGGUAGUAAAAAAAAAUUGGAUUUCACCACUGGUAUAUAGUCUCUUGGGAUUGGACUAGAAGACCUCCAAGGUCCCUUCCAACUCUGUUAUUCUGUUAAGUGACUCUGGGAGGCUUAUGAACAUAUAAUGUGAAAUAUAACUCCUGGUUGGCAGGCAGACAGAGCCAGAUUUAAACCUGGAUAAGCAAUCAGCUCUCAGUUCUCGGAAAACUACUCCGGAUUAAGCUAGAAUUAGAUAGAUUUGCAUUUAAUGCCCUCGGCCUGGAAAAAGGUCAAUGUGAGCCAUUUUGUGUCUUCUCCUGCCUAAGACGGCAUCAAGCUGGCUUCCUGUCUGAACCUUCUACUUCAGGACGAACCUUGGAUGCAUCUACGGGUAGUCCUCGACUUAUGACCGCCUGUGUGCUGAAGCGAUGUGGACGUUAAGCGAGCCAUGACAGAUUUUCCAAGCUUGUUUGGCACCGUCCUUAAGCAAAGUGACUUCUGACUGCCAGUUGGUGUUCAUGGAUGUCUUCAGCCUGUUUGUCUUACCUGUUAAUGGCUCUUACCUUGUAUAUUGUACCUGAGUCCCGUCCUUCCUUAAAUAAAUCUGUACGAGAGAAAAACCUAUUCCCUGAACGCACCCAAACAUGCGUAAUUGAAAUAAUGUUUACAAUAUGCAUCUAAGAAAAAUGCACUAAUUUAUCCGGAAACCAGAUAGCAGUAACUGUGAGAGGGAUUGUUGGAGUUUUACUGGACAACCAGUUAAAUAUGAAGAAGAAUAGAAUAGAAUAGAAUUCUUUAUUGGCCAAGAGCCUUGGUGGCGCAGCAGACUAAAGUGCUGUUAAGUAGCACCAGCUGCCUGCAAUUACUGCGAGUUCAAAUUUCACCAGGCUCAAGGUUGACUCAGCCUUCCAUCCUUCCGAGGUAGGUAAAAUGAGGACCCGGAUUGUGGGGGCAAUAAGCUGACUUUGUAUAAAAAAUAAAACACCGCUUAGUGGGGGCCGAAAGCCCUACUAAGCAGGUAUAUACAAAAGUAUGAAGGCUAUUGCUUAACG